AGCUCACUUCGCGCCUCCCGUCGGCCGGAAUCGGGCUCUCGCAUAGCCCUCAUUCACAGUAGGUUUAAGUUGUCCAUGCUAUAAAGAUGAAAAAACUGUUCUUUUUCAAAUCUUCUGCACCUAGUGGAGCGAACAGCACCCAAAUAUCCCCACAGGCAAAGGAAAAACAAGUUGACCGGGAAACCCCUGGUACACUUGACAAAACCAAGACUAAAAAGAAAGUCUCAGAAAAUCAUUCCUUGGGUGAUAGACCAAGUCUCGGGAGGAGUCUGUCAUUUUCUUCUGGAUCCCUUUAUGAUGGUUGGGGGGUACAAAUGGAUUCCCAGGACCAAAGCAGGUCUCCUUGUGGCGGUAAUAAUGCACACCCUAAGAAAUCAAAUCGUAACUCAUCUCGUCGUGCACUAACACCCGAGAGGCUAUACCGUGGAAAGUCCUAUGGGAUAGAUGGUGUUGAAGAUAAUUACAAAGUGGGGAAUGGACUGCACGGUUAUGGUUCCUCUUUUCAACAAUACCUUGAUUCACAUGACAGCUCCUCUAACUGCUCUAGCAAUGUUUCAAGCAAAGUUUUAGACCGUUAUAUUGAUGGUGAGCAAGAGGGAAUGCAACAGCAUGCAAGAUCUCAGAACAUAGUGCCAGCUUCACAACCCAAUUUUAGGAAACAGAAACCAAAGUCUCAAUCUUUGGGAGAAACUAGAGGGCCCCAGCUUCAAGAUCUGAUUGAGAAUGGUUUUAAGAAUGAAUCACCCAGGAAACUUGCAAAGAGAGUGGUUGAGAGACUUUCUCAAUCUCGAUUUCUGCCACCUAAAAGUAAAAAUGAAUAUGAUGUUCAUAAUCCAAUUACGAUUGAAGAUAUCUACAAUGGAAACACAAGUGGACUUCCUCUUUCAUAUCUUGAUGGUACUUCACAAAAAAGUUUCUUGAUUGAUGGGGUAAAUGAAGCAACCAGUGAGCACAGCAAAAAUAUUCCAAGCUUCCAAGAAAGGAAAAUCUUCUCUGGUGAGGAAGAUUCUGAUAUUGAAUUAAUUAGAAAGUAUAAGGAGGCUGAGAAACAGGUAGCUGUGCUUUCUGAAGACAUUGAAGAACAGACCUUUCUUCAUAGUAGAGGGCUCAGUAUACCUACAUUGAUCCAGAAAAUUAGAAGCUUGACUGAGGAGAAACUCCAAAUGGCCCGUGAUACUGCAUCUGCGUUGCAAUGCCAAAUUGCUGAGAGGGCUUCUGCUAGGGAAGAACUGAAACUACUAAGAGCUGAAUUAGAUUCACAGAAGCAAAGGUUGGAAGCUGAGAAGAACGAACUGCAGUUUUCUAUGGAAAAGGAGCUGGAUAGAAGAUCAAGCGAGUGGUCACUCAAACUCGAGAGGUUCCAUGUAGAAGAACACAUGCUUCGUGACAGGGUUAGAGAGCUUGCUGAGCAAAAUGUUUUCCUUCAAAGGGAAGUAUCUUCAUUCAGUGAGAAGGAGGUGGAUACCAAAAGUAGGAUUUCAUAUUUAGAGAACCAGCUUGAAGAACUUAAAAGGAUAUCUGAGGAACAAAGGGAGGAGAAUCAAAACCUGCAGAAAAAUCUUUCUAAACUUAAAGAGAAGCACAAAGCAGCCCAGGAAGAUCUAGAUUGCAUCAGAAGGAACUGCGAAGAGAAGGUGAAAGAGUGUAAGGACUUGCACAGGUCCAUAACAAGGUUGCAGAGGACUUGUAGCGAACAAGAGAAGACAAUUGAUGGUUUGCGAUUGUACUAUGAGGAGAUUAACAAGAAACGAUCAGCAGAGGAGUUUGACAAUCAAUUGAUUAAGUCACGUGUGGAGCAUAUUAGGCUGGUGGGAAACGAAUGUGCUUUAAGGAAGGAAGUGGAAUCCUACAAGCUUGAGGUUGAUCAGCUUCGUCACGAGAAUAUAAACUUGUUGAAUCGCUUGAAAGGGGUUGGCCAGGAUGCCACUUUUAGGCUAGAUCAGGAAUUAUUGAACCGUGUUAACUGCUUGCAAACACAAGGGAUAUUGAUGCUUAAAGAAAGCACUAUUCUUUCUGAAAAGUUGCUAGAGUACACCAAAUCUACUGUGGAUGGAGGAUCACAAGGCCAGUUUGUUAUUGAGACUGAUAUAAAGCUCCAAGGCUUCAAGAGGGGGCUAGAAAAUUUAGCAAGGAGCUUACAGAAUGUCUCCUUUGUGCUGCAUGAGAAGUCUAAAUCCGAGACAUCUAUUUUGGAGAAUAGAACACGUCAGUCAGAUGACCACCAGAAAUUUGAAUGCGAGCUGAAAUCAGAGAUAUUACUGACGAGUUUGUUGCGCGAGAAGCUUUAUAACCAAGAGUUGGAUAUGGAGCAACUUCAUGCUGAGCUAGCAACCUCUAUCAGAGGUAAAGACAUGAUCAAUUGUGAGUUGCAAAAUGCGCGGGACAACCUUUCCUGUGCAAUUCACAAGGCAAAGAAUCUUGAACUUCAGAUAAUCAAAAAAGAUGAGAACAUACACAAGCUUGAGAAUGAUCUUGACGAAUGUAUAAAGGAACUGGCGGUAGUGAAGGGGAUACUGCCAAAAGUGACCCAAGAAAGGGACAUGUUGUGGGCAGAAGUUAAGAAGUACAGCGAAAACAAUAUGCUGCUCGAUUCGGAGAACAACAUGUUAAAGAAAAAGAUAGAGACACUAGAUGAAGAGGUGCUCCUUAAAGAAGGACAGAUUACAAUUCUUAAAGACGCGUUCGGUAAACCACUUGAUCUUCUUGAAUGAUGCCUACUAGAUAUACAGGAAAUGUCGCGUUCCUCGUGUUCAUAUUUAGGUAUACAUUGCUCUUCUAUAGAAUGAAACUUAAAAAAGAAUUUUCACAUUCCAUCAAAUAACAUUCGCAAUCAAAUGGAGUACAAAAGUUUCAUACAUAAUUCUGUCCCACUUUCACCUCUAUAAAUAAUUGUUUGUGCCCAAUCAAUUGUGAAAGAUUAUUUGGAUGGUGAAACAAACUCAGUAUAUAUUCCAUUCAGAAAUAGCGUCUCGAAAGAAGCUAGCUUGCUUGCUUGCUUGUUAAGGUCAUCACAAUUAAGCUUCUUUCAGUUAUGGGAAUUAUGAGAAUCAAUCAAGAGAGAGUGCCUUACUUUAAAACAAGAAAAAGAAGCUUAUUUCCAGAAGUCAGCAGCAGGCUUUCGGUGCUACAAAACAAAGACACUUCAAGUGA